AUGAAGGUCUUCGCAUUUGUACUUGUUACUCUCGCUGCCAGCGUCGCUGCUGUGCCCUCAAAAGUUGACCUUGAGAGAGAAAGACAGAAUUUGGUCGAGCAAUUGAUUGUGAACGUCAUCGAUCGCAUCACUUCCGGUAUCCAAGAGCGUGGACUCGACCCAAUCUACAUCGAAAAAGCCGAAGGCGAUUACACUUUCCCAAUUUCUGACAUCUUCAGCGCAUCUGGCACCGUAGCCCACUUGGCUCUCGAAGGCGCCAGCAACGUUGUCGUCAAUGACGUCACUUUCAACAUUUUGAGAUCAAAAUUCAGCGUCGAUCUUACCCUCCCCAAGCUCAGCGCCUCUUCUGUCGCCGUCAACGGUGAGGCCACCAUCUUUGGCAAGGAAUUGGCUGUAUCCAGUAGUGGAAGCCUUGUCGUCGAAGAUCUUCGUCUGGUCUCCACAGUCAGCAUAAGAUUGCUACCUAGCAUCAGCAUUAGGGAGCUCAGUGCCGUUCUUACUGUUGGCAAUGUUGAGUCCGCUCUCAAAGUAGUUCUCUUCGGCGACGACGUAUCCGAGAAGCUGAAUGACGCUUUGAACAACAGACUUCCCGAACUUCUCGAAACAUACAACGAGCAGAUCAGGGAGAUCGUUGAGCGCAUCAUCCUCUUCAUUAUCAACAAUCUUUUGUAAACAGCCC